AUGAGCCAACAAUCUUCACCAUCAUCUAAUGUUUAUGGCAAAGCACUUCCACUGGCAACUCAUACCGCAAGUUCAGGGAGAUUGUUCAACGAUUUCUAUCCCGAUGCCCAAGCAGACUUGCCCGCCUCUUCCUCCCUCAUUGCCCAACUCUCUCAGCAAGUAGAUCUAGUCAGAUCCAGUGCUGAAAAUAGAAUAACUGCCCUCGCUGCUUUUGCUGCUCAAACUAGAGCUAUAGCAAAACACUCUCCGUCUCCUAGUGCUGCUGGUGGGGGCAAUAGUAGUACUACGAGCGGUGGCAAUUCUGCUAGUGCUAGUAAUACAGGGCCUGUCAUAAACCAACAGCCUCCUUCAUCAUCUUCAUCAGGAUCAUUAAGCUCUGCUCUAUCGUCCAAGUCUUCGUCUUCAGGAGGUCUUGGAAGUGCUAUUGCUGGAAUGGUCAAAGGAGGCGUAGAUCCUAGUGCUGUAGCUGCUACUCUAGCCCAAGUGCAGCAGCAGCAAUCACAACAGCAGCAACAACCUGGUAAAUCACCAUCAUUACAAAAACAACCUUCUCCACAACCAUCGCCUUAUACAAUGACCGCUGCUCAACGGAAGGUCUCAUUGAAAGUCAAGAAUCAGAAAGAUGAACCAGAAGCUAACCGUAGAUCUGCUGGUGGUUCUCCUUCUCCGUUCAACUCUAUAGUAGAUCCAAAUAAAAAGAGAAAACGUGAUGGUGAAGAAGAUCAGCCUCCCGCUAAUGAAGUGACUGCAAAACUGGAAGAUGGUGCUACUGUAAAAAUGACUUCUAUAUCAGGCUCAACUAUAAAGAUACAAAAGACAGAUGCUCCUCGAUCUGUUUCUGAUCAAGUGGUAGUUGUGCCAUCACCAAUACCAUCUUCUUCGGCUCCUGCUGUGCCAGCUCCCAUCAAGGGCACAGGAACUCCCAAAACCGGCAAGCCUGCUCCAAAGACAGCUCGGCAAAACAGCCAAGCAUAUGGUCAAAAGGCAAAACAAGCAUCUCAUCGUAAAAAGGGUACAGAUGAUGCAGCACCCCCGCCUGCUCCUUUACCAUUCGAAGCGUCAUUAGGAGGUGAUGCUCCACCAAUGACUGAAGGAGACUUGUCAAAGGUGGUCAAACCAUCAAAUCAGAUACCAAUCAAUCAAUUUUGGAGUUAUGCGGAUCAAUACUUUAGAGAUUUGACUGAAGAAGAUAUUAAGUGGCUGCAAGAUAAAGGUUAUGAUGUAGCAGCAUAUACUAUUCCAGCACUGGGAAGAAGUUGGAGGUAUGUAUUUCAGGAACAAGAUUCUGGUACAUACAACGGUUCAGCUCUCCCAGUCAUGGAUAUGUCUCCACGAUACGAUACAGUUCCCGAUGACUCGUUACUUCUACCUGGUGACGCAUUCUUUGGACCACUCACUGAACGUGUCGUUGCUGGUUUACAAGCUGUCGGUGUCUAUGAUGAUGCCUACUGGAAGUCGUAUUUAGAUAACGCUAAUUUAGAUACAAAUGCUAAUGAGCCACCUGAAAAAGUCAAGGCUGGAAGUAAAGCUGAGGUCACAGAACUAGAAGAUCGUAUCAAACAAGAAUUGAAGCAUUUAGGACUGAUCCCUCAUGAAGAGCCAAACGAAUGGGAAGCUACUGAUGACGAUGAAAUCACUCAAGAGCUAAAAAAGAGACAAAUGGAGCUUCGUAAACAGGUUGAAACAAAUCAAUUCCGUAAACAACGAUUACGAGAAGCUGCUGUCGGUUGGAAGGCAUGGCAAGAGUAUUCUGAUGUAUUGGAUGAGUUGAAUAAGCAAGCAUUCUCCGCUUACCAGAAACGAUAUCAAAAGGGCUCAUCCAAACGAAAAAAGCUCAAACCAUUGUCAACACCAAGACCAUUGUCCGAACACACUUUGCAAAUAUUGGCCAAAAGAAACCAACUGGUUGAAGAAAUCGGCAAACGAUUGCCAAGCAGUAUCUAUAGUGUCCCUACUACAUCCUUGUAUUCGACAAGUGAUCUGAAAACCGAGGGCUCUUCUGUACAGAGUGCCGGAGACGGUGAUGUGGAAAUGCUAGACUCAACCACAGCAUAA